AUGCCACCGCUUCCCGCCACGACUGUCUUGCGCCGCUUAGAAGCUCGCCUGGACGCGCUCUGCAGCAACCUGGACGACGUGCCGUACAACGACCUCAGCAUCGUCGAGAAGCUCUUGAUGGAAGACUGCGCCGAGGACAUUGAUGUCGAGAACCCGCAUGCUUCGAAUCCCAAUGUCCACACGCACUACGAGUAA